GGCCAUGCUGUCAUCAUCGGCGAAGUACUCUUAAGUUUCCUAAUCAGUUCAUGAACGCGCUUUUACGAGCGUCGAUUAUAAGGAACCCAGGAUAGAAGAGGGAAUAUCGGACCACAUUUAAAGACCGUUAGCAGACCAGCCCGCCGGAGAGAAACCCAGAGAGAGCAGUCAUGGCACCGGCCGUCGGAGGACCCGUGGGGUACACCCCGCCCGAGGGCGGCUGGGGAUGGGCGGUGGUGGCGGGAGCCUUCAUCUCCAUCGGCUUCUCCUACGCCUUCCCCAAGUCCAUCACCGUCUUCUUCAAGGAGAUCGAGGUCAUCUUCAACGCCACCAGCAGUGAGGUGUCCUGGAUCUCCUCCAUCAUGCUGGCCGUCAUGUAUGGCGGGGGGCCAAUCAGCAGCAUCCUGGUGAAUAGGUACGGCAGCCGUCCAAUCAUGAUGAUCGGGGGGUGCCUGUCUGGCUGCGGAUUGGUGGCGGCCUCGUUCUGCAACACAGUGCAGGAGCUGUACUUCUGCGUGGGAGUGGUGGGAGGCCUGGGCCUGGCCUUCAACCUGAACCCGGCCCUGACCAUGAUCGGGAAGUACUUCUACAAGCGCCGCCCCAUCGCCAACGGCAUCGCCAUGGCGGGCAGCCCCGUCUUCCUGUCCACGCUGGCGCCGCUCAACAGCUGGUUCUACGACCAGUUCGGCUGGCGGGGCAGCUUCCUGAUCCUGGGGGGCCUGCUCCUCAACUGCUGCGUGGCGGGGUCCCUGAUGCGGCCCAUCGGCCCCAAGCCCCAGCCCCCGGCCCCCGUGGAGGAGGCCAAAAGGGCUGGGGGCCCGGCCGAGCCCCGGAGGACCCUCAUGCAGAGGAUCAACGCGGUCAUCGACCUCACGCUGUUCAUGCACCGGGGGUUCCUCCUCUACCUGCUGGGCAACGUCAUCAUGUUCUUCGGCCUCUUCGCGCCCCUGGUCUUCCUCAGCAACUACGCCAAGAGCAAGGACAUCUCCAAGGAGAAGGCGGCCUUCCUGCUGUCGGUGCUGGCCUUCGUGGACAUGGUGGCCCGGCCCUCCAUGGGGCUGGUGGCCAACACCCGGCUGGUGAGGCCCAGGAUCCAGUACUUCUUUGCGGCCUCGGUCCUGUACAACGGGGUGUGCCACGUGUUCGCGCCCAUCUCCGUGGACUACACGGGCUUUGUGGUGUACGCCAUCUUCUUCGGCUUCGCCUUCGGCUGGCUGAGCUCGGUGCUGUUCGAGACGCUCAUGGACCUGGUGGGCGCCCAGAGGUUCUCCAGCGCCGUGGGGCUGGUCACCAUCGUGGAGUGUGGACCUGUUCUGCUGGGGCCCCCCAUGCUGGGCAAGCUGAACGACGUCUACCACGACUACAAGUACACGUACCAGGGCUGUGGCAUCAUCCUAAUCGUGGCCAGCUUCUUCCUGUUCGUGGGCAUGGGCAUCAACUACCGGCUGCUGGACAAGGAGAAGAAGGCGGCCGAGAGGAAGGCCAAGCUGGAGUCCAAGGACGAGGCGCGGAGCGCGGCCAAGGACCCUGAGCACGAGGCGGCCGUCCCUCUGACCGCCCCCGACAUGUCCAAAAUGGCGGAAGACACGGUGUAACGCCCCUCCCCCUUAGAGGGAGGGGGCGGGAGCUUCUCGCGUCUCCCCGCCUGUUCCGUCCACACUGAGAACCGUGUAAACGCGUACUGUACUAGAUAUCACCUGGAUGUAACCCCCCAACCGGGUUUGGCUGAGAGCAGUAUUUAUUCAGGAAAUGGCGGCUGUUAACCCCCCCCCCCCCCCCCCCCAGCCACCCUCUUUACCAACAUUCACCUCCUGAACCAACCAACUUACCCUCACCACCCAACCCCCCCGAAGAUUUCCCCCAAAAUUCCGACAGGACUUGAGUCUCAGUCCAGGUGAAGCCCAGUGUUGUCAGUACUUCGCCUGAUCGUUGUUGCCUUGUGACCAACAUUCACCUCCUGAACCAACCAACCUAACCACCCACCCCAACAUUUCCCCAAAGAUUUUGGCAAGACUUAAGAGUCUCAGUCCAGUUGAAGCCCAGUGUUCUCAGUACGUUGCCUGAAAACAUUGUCGCCUGGCAAAGAUGCGUUCUGGCAACGUUGUGAGAACGCUGUGUUUUAGUUUUAGGCCCGAGGUGAAGCAGUCCAGCUUCCAGACACCGCAGUACCUAGGCUCAGGUGAACUCAGGAACGAGAGAACUCCAACCUGAUGCACUUGUACUUGUGUUUGAUCUGCACUUCGUUGUAUGUCGCUAAGAGCGUCUGCUAAAUGCCAUGUAAUGUAAUGAUGCAUUUCAUGUGACGUAGGCAAUGUCUGUGUGGAUCACAAUGGGGGGUGGGGUCAAUGUGAGACCUCCUGAAUACCCCCCCCCCCCCCACUCCCUCACCAUCUCCUCCCACCCUGUGUAGGCAAGAAGCUGCAAUAUCUAUUAUCUGUGAGUAGAUCCUUCUGGAACAGCUCUGGGCACUUUCAUAGCAGGCCUGCUCCUGUCUCCUGCAGGAAUUCUGUGUUACAGGAACACCUCGUUUGGUCCUGUCUUGAGAUUGAUUUGUUUUUUUUGUAUGUUCUUCUUUUUUUUAUGGUCACCUUUGAUCCCUGUAAAUGUCCACAGAAAUAGCACCUGCCCCAUUCCCCGAUUUAUGGAGGCUGAAGUAAAUGGCGUGAUUAUUUCUGGCCACGCGUCGUCGUCCGAGGAGAGGCUUACUUUGGCCAGGGAUUUUUCAGCUCGCACUGCGACGGGCAGAGUCGCUGGAGAGAAAGUGGGCUCCAGCUGCCAUACACUUCUGAGUGGACUCAAUACUCAAAUACUCAUUUGCUCUUGGUUCACCUCCAUUAAAUUCACACAAUAGUAAUUGAACAUGAUGUCUAUAAGAACAUGCCAUCCUGAGGGGAUAUUAGUAUUAGUAUUAGUAUUAUUAUGAGUACGAUUAUUAGUUGUCGUAUUAUUAUAUGAGGAAUAGACUAAUGUACAGCAAAGCUAUACAUCGUAUUAUCUCUAUAAAAUUGUGUUAUCUCUGAAAGCAGAAACGGUGGAUGUGUGUUCAAAUCUGAGGCAGGACUGAGGUUUGCUAUUCUUCAAACAGUUGAUUUCGGCGAUGUAAGGUGAAUGUCAGCGAUUCGGCCGAGCACCCAGUCGGUUGUUACUCCGUCUCCGUUGUGAGUAACAGACCAGAGGCCUUUGCAGCUCGACGCCGGCCCCUGACCCCCUGAAAGCACAAGAAUAAGAGUAAAGCCAGGAGGACUCGGCCUUCAGUCCUCCCAAUAAACGCCAGACCUAAUAAGGAGUCCGAGUCUCCCAUCAAUCUUUCGUUUACCAGUGUUUGAACAAUGUCGUGAGCUUCUUCCUCCGGGUCCUAUCGGCCUUGGUUUUUAAACUCAGUUUCCCAUGAUACCACGCUGAAUCUCUCGCUGUAGAUGGCCACUUUGAAGGAGUUUUUCCCCCUUUUUCCCCCCAGCCUCCUGUUAAACAGCGUACCUACCCGCUCCAUUUUCCAGUCUUCUCACCCCUCAUGACCACAUCCAGUGAGAAAGGCAAAUUUGCUACGCUUUGCCGUUUUAUACAGGCUCUCCAAUUCUGUCCAAUUCUGUCCUCGCAUAAUUGUUUAUCUUUUCCAUACUUUAUACCACCAAUAACGAGUCUUUUAUAUUUAGCUAUUCCUUUUUAGAAUUUUCUUUACAUGUUUAGCUUUUUUUUUAAAGAUUAUCGGUAGAAUUGAACUCAUAGUUAUGUACACCUGUAAAGCACUUUGGUAAGAAUUUAAUACUCAAAACAGAAGCUCUUUACUGGUGUGUAUUCAUAUGUAUGUUGUGUAUAUAACUAGGCAGUGAGUACAGUAACAUUUAGAAAGCAUUGGAGCACUCACCGAUUCAAGGUUGCGGCAGCCUUAAGUGUAGUGGUCUAUGACUGCCCCCUUGUGAAAUAUCACCAGACACUUGUGCCUUAUUCAAGCGAAUGGUAUUUUUGAGUAACAUCUGAGCAUUCAUAGGUUGUAGGCUGUCAAUCUUGUGUGUGGCAACCAUGCUUUUUUAAAUUCUUGUGGAAUUAUGAUUUGUACCAAAGGGUCCCCAAUUUGCAGGUGUAAAAAUACAAUCAAAAGCAGUUUGUUGCUGUAGUAUUGGUAUUUUUGAGUGGCUAAAAAUAUUGCUUUUACAGGCCUAAUUUCCCUCAUGGCUUUUUCUGCACUUUGUAUUUAGUGGGAAAGAGUCGGGCUGGCUUAAAAACAUGAAGUUCAGUCAACCGCAUAAAUAUUUUAGUGCAAAUAUACUGACAAAAUAUAUAGCAAUAAUUACGUCAGUACAGUGUUGCAACCUUGCAUAGAGGGCGAAGAUCUACAGAGUUGCAGAGAUCGCAGUCCAACUGAAUCUGCAAUACUGCAUUAGAUUGAUGUCUGCGUGUGGCUACAUUUUAAAUGGUUAGCUAUAGGAAUCGUUCACAAAUCCCUUUAAUGAAUUCAUGGAAUGUAAGCUUGCUAUAUUGAGCCAAAGUUUAUUUGCACAAGCAAGCUGUUCCUCUCUCUUUGAGUGUCUUGUGACAUUGAGAUGCACCAAUAAUAUGGAAAUAAUCUCUUUCAGUCCCAAGAGUGCCGUCUGGUUUAUACCUGUUCAACUAAUCAAAAUGACUGCGAUACUAUUAUUUUGAGCCCCUAUUAUGAAACCCUGCUAAAUGUUCUCAACCAAAGCCAAAACCCCUUGCAAUUUUGGUGGAGCCACUUCAUAUUGGGUGUUCGUCGAUCGCAACUUGUGUGUUUCCAGCUGCAUUUGCAUCCCCAACAUAGGGCCCUUUGAUGUGUCGCCUGACUCUUAGCACUUGGAAACACAACAGCAAAUGUGAGUGUUAGCCAAAAUGGUCGACUUAUCAUUUCCACCUCCAUUUGCUUCCUUGUACGCAUGAUAACCGAAUUUUGAAUGGCGAAUGAACUCAAUGUGAACGUCCGAAUUAAAUUUCACUGACUCGUAGGCAUCCAGAAGUUUGGACUUUUAAAGUAGAGUAUACUCAAGUGAGAUUAUAGCUCUCACGUAUCAGUGCCAAAUCUUUGUUGUCCUUUUUUUUUUUGUAGUACGUAUUCAGAGUGGUCCAUCUUCCGCCUAUGCACAGAGGGUGGUGUGGAGAACCCAUUUGAGUAAUUAGUCGUAGCAGCACAGAACGUGUUCAGAGGUUUGAGAUGAUAAUUGUUGAUAUUUCAAAGGAUGUGUGAGGACUGUGAUUGUAACCCGUCACUGACUGACGAUUUUGGCAAUAAGAAGUAGGGCGAGUGUCCCGACUUGCAUGAACUAAAAUACACGGCUAGCUUGCUCCCGAAGAAGCUUGCCAGGCGACCUUUAUUUCAUUGUAACAAUCUGAACACUUUUUUUUUUUUGAUGAAGGUGGAUUCUACUGAAGGAAACAAAAAAUCUAAAAUAGGACCAGCCAGUUACAUUGCACUGAGAGCCGCAUUGCACUUUCUCAACACUCAACUGGUAUUUCGCCUCUAGCAAAGAAGGGCAAGCUACAGCAAUACUUUAAAAAAACUCACAAGAUUAACCAUUUCAUUAUAAAAUGGGAAAAUUGUUAAGAGGAUUAAUUCAAGAGAUUGUGUAUCCUGUACAAAAAUCUGUUAUGAGUAUAGGCUGGCUUUGCCUUUUGAGAUCCAUCAAUGGGAGUCAUAUUUUGUUUCCCCAUCAGAUGAAAUUGCAGGGUUGUAGUAUUACGUUCAUGAAUUGGCUAAAAAUGCUAUCUCUACUCCUACUUUUUUUUCCCAAUGUUUUGUUCUGUAUUGCAUAUAAUCAAGUUCUGCGUCUGUUUCCAAGUGUCACUGUAUCAUGGACAUUGUGAGAAAAUGAAUAUUUUCUGCUGAAUAUGAUCAAAAGACUGCUGGGAAAUGUAGUUUACUGGCCUCUUACACCUGACAGUUACUGAUUCGGUGCAGGAAAGCAAAGCCUGAUCAUAAAUUUUCUUGUUUUAGGACAGAUGGGGGGGGAAAAAGAAUGUGACAUUGGCUCACUUUUUAACUUUUAUCUGAAAUUGAGGUUAUGGGCCACAUUAUUUUAAUUCAUAUGUAUGUUAGCAUUUGUUUGCUUUUUAAUAUUUACUUAUUGGCAACUGCUCUUCAUUGGUUAUCCAUGAUUGUAUGCAAAUGAACAAAUAACAAACCAAUCUCAUUGUGGAAUGUCACUCUGGGAUCCCAGAAAACGUGCAUUUUCACAGUCAUGGUGGAUGCUUGUGCUAUACUCCUAAACAGUGGUGGAUUUGCCGCAAUAGCAAAGGAGUAAUCACAGCAAGGUUGUUUCAGCGUGCAGAGUAAACUGAUCUGUUUCUGUUUCAACAACAACAACAAAAAUGUGCCCAUUAGUGUUCUAUUGAUGCAAACCAAAGUGCCUGCAGGUUAUCAGCUGUCAUGUGACUCCUGUUGAAGUGCAUUAUGGGGCUUGUAGUCAGGCGCCAGUAGCUGACCCAGUGAGCAAGUAGUUUAGAAGUACAGUAUGCAGAAAUGUCAGCUGGACUAUCUGUGUGUGGCGUGGUGGAAGAUGAGUACUAUUAGUGACUGCAUUGGGAGAUUAGUGGCCUAGUUGAAUUGGGAAAUAAAGGCCACUGGAUUGGAGAGGAUAUUGGGAGAAUUAGGGGUUCUGCACCAGGAUAGAGGUCGAAUGCUGCUUUUCAUUGAUGCAUUUUUUAAAUUAUCAAUUUUUUUUUAUUGGCCAUCAUGGUCUUACGACACAUGCACAAUGCACCAAAACCACCGCCAACAUUCUGAAAUGAAAAAAGUUAAUUGCACAAAGUCUUUGGGGUUAGUGUUUUUACAGAGGUUUUACAGAGAUCUAAAAACUAUCACUGUUUAACUGUGUUGUGUUGGGAGGAUUUUCAUCACUGCUACUACUAUAAUUCAGCAAAAUAUCUGGCUGUUUUAAACAUGUGGAUUCUCACCACGUUUGCUGUUCAGGACAGUGGGUGUAAUAAGGGAGGAAGGAUCUAUUGUAUUUUGUUAAUAGGCCAAGAAAGAAGUCCAACAUUUUGCCAGAGUCGAUAUGACUUGCGAACAAGUAAAUAUAAUUAAAAUCAAUGAACGCACUGCAGUUUCAACCAAGAAUGUGGUUCCAGUUCCCAGAGCCACUUUCUGCCCCAUUUCCACCGCUGCUUAUGAAUAUAGGCACAGCCAAGUAAAGUGGAUGAUUGCACACAUUUCAUUUGGUCUUAUACAAUGUACAGCUGUUUGCUAAUGUAUUUCUGUUUGUUUACUAUUAGAGCACUUAGAAAAUAUGCAGUGUUAUUUCUGGCUACUGAGUGGAUUUCCGAGAAGGGCAGUUAAAUAUUAAUUGUGUACUGAAAUAACUGUAAGUCAUGCUGCCAUUUGAAAUGUAAAGACACAAAGAUAACCUAAUUUUUCUAACACUUUGUUCACCUGUAUUUGUUCUGAAGACUCCAUUCAUUCAUUCCAGUCGAUAGGAAUUCUUGUACUUUUGCUUUUGCCUCAAUCUACAGACUUAAACUAUGCACAUUGAGCAGACACAUUUUGGCAUUUGUGGGAUUUCAUAGUUAAGAGCAUCGUUGUGUAAUUGUAUGAUUUUGGAGCUCUUGAUGACAUAGUAACACAUCUUUUUCAACAUGUGGCAACAACAAGUGUCAAAAAACCAACAAGCGCAAUAAGUCUGUAUAAGUGACUGUGAUGAUAAUGUUUAUAUGGCCUUCUGUUGUCCUUUUAUGAAUGGGCGGAUGAAUAAACUAUUUUAAACAUU